CGUCCGUUCAGCAAGCCCGGAGAAGGUAGCAGCUCCUCCGUUCCAGCGUCUUUCGCCAUCUGUUGGAGUUUUGUUUCCAAAAAGGUCUGAAGGUCCAGGUUUGGAAAGAGAACUACUGCUUUCAGGACACGAUUACAAGUUGCCUGAAUGUUGAGAGCUCUAACUUUUUCGUGUAUGUUCUGCCAGCAGUAGGAGAGUGGAGGAGAAGCCCGAGAGCUGGAAAUGGCCGCAGCUGGGAAUGACCGCUCUUUCCAUGUUUGUUCCCCCUACGCACAGCAGAAGUACAGCAACAUCCCCUGUUUCUGGGAAAAACAACCAUCAGGCUGCUUGAGGAUCAGUUGCGCCUUCCAUCACAGCAAACCUCGCAGCAUAAAUGGACUUUUUUUGCCGCCGAGUAACAAUGCCCCAUUGCAACAAGGUGUCCAAGAAGGGAUUCCGCACCCAGCCCAUGGUCAAGAGUCACUCAGAAAUCAAAAGAAUAUUUUACGACCAAUUCACCCUCCACUGACUAUACACCUCAACGAUGAAGACGACGAUGAGGACGAUGAUGAAGAGGAGGAGAACGGUGCUCCUGACUGGGUGCCUCAGACUGCUGCAGACCUUGAAGAGGAAAGAGCAAUAAAGGAAAUAUGCUAUCAAUCUGGAGAGUAUUACGGGAUUCAGUACCCUCAGGAACACCAAUCAACAAAAACUGUGUCUUCACCUCGGGAAAACGAGCUACUACCCUGGGAAGCUACCGAGCGAGACUUGCAGGCAGGCGACGGUGAUACAGUUCCUACAACAUUUAAGAAUGCAAAAGGAGAAGGAGAGAGCUCAGGAACGACAGUACCAGCAGAGACCAUUCCCAGAACAGAUCGUGGAUCCUUUGAAAACGGAGGAACCAAUCGCAUGGAGCGGGUAAAGAACUAUCCCGGUAAAGAAGCAAAGGAGAAGCAAUGGAUUUCCGAGGGAGAAAGCAAGUCCCAUAACACAGGAACAGGAAAAGGAAUUCACACUCCAGACCCCAAAGCAAAACCACGUCGCCAACAAAGGGGUCAAAGUAAGGACGAUGAAGCUGCUUCUGCUAUUCCUCCAGUGAGAGAAACUAGAAGAGACACUUAUUUCAGUUCUUCAGAACCUCGAAGAUCAGCAUAUGUAGUCUACCGUACUGCCACCGUCACCCAAGAACCAAAGUGCAAUGGACCGACAGAUGCCCCAUUGCAACAAGGUGUCCAAGAAGGGAUUCUGCACCCAGCCCAUGGUCAAGAGUCACUCAGAAAUCAAAAGAAUAUUUUACGACCAAUUCACCCUCCACUGACUAUACACCUCAACGAUGAAGAUGACGAUGAGGACGAUGAUGAAGAGGAGGAGAACGGUGCUCCUGACUGGGUGCCUCAGACUGCUGCAGACCUUGAAGAGGAAAGAGCAAUAAAGGAAAUAUGCUAUCAAUCUGGAGAGUAUUACGGGAUUCAGUACCCUCAGGAACACCAAUCAACAAAAACUGUGUCUUCACCUCGGGAAAACGAGCUACUACCCUGGGAAGCUACCGAGCGAGACUUGCAGGCAGGUGACGGUGAUACAGUUCCUACAACAUUUAAGAAUGCAAAAGGAGAAGGAGAGAGCUCAGGAACGACAGUACCAGCAGAGACCAUUCCCAGAACAGAUCGUGGAUCCUUUGAAAACGGAGGAACCAAUCGCAUGGAGCGGGUAAAGAACUAUCCCGGUAAAGAAGCAAAGGAGAAGCAAUGGAUUUCCGAGGGAGAAAGCAAGUCCCAUAACACAGGAACAGGAAAAGGAAUUCACACUCCAGACCCCAAAGCAAAACCACGUCGCCAACAAAGGGGUCAAAGUAAGGACGAUGAAGCUGCUUCUGCUAUUCCUCCAGUGAGAGAAACUGGAAGAGACACUUAUUUCAGUUCUUCAGAACCUCGAAGAUCAGCAUAUGUAGUCUACCGUACUGCCACCGUCACCCAAGAACCAAAGUGCAGUGGACCGACAGCAGUACCUGAGCCGUAUGCUGGGAAACGCUCCAAACCAAAGAAUCAGCUUGACGCAAAUAGAAGAUUUUGGACCCAAACCGAAAGCUAUGACAAAUAUACUUCAGGCUCUUACAAUGCACCAACUUGGAGGAAAAGAAAUCCACACCCUAAAACGUUCUCAAAGUCUAAAACAACCAGUCAGAGCCAAGAAGACAGGGAAGUGAACAGGAAAGGAGAGCGAUACAUAGACAGGAGAAAGAGAUGA